AUGAGUGUAUGCAUUUUCAAGGCGGUCUUUCAGUAGCAAAAAAAACAGUAACAGGAAAACGAAUAGGUCUACGGAUUGAUACAUGCUUUUAUACGUUAUGUACGUAUCAUGGAAAUAGGCACUUGAGAUUUAUAGUUAUUAGUUGUACAGUUAGUGCGGUGACACUGGCAAUGCGUUUAAUUUGUGCUCGAGCUGGGUGGCUUCACCUAAACAGUGUGUGAAAGAGGGAAAGGAGAGGGAACAAGAGGGGAGGGGGUGUAUGGACCUCACUGGUUACGGGACCUACAGGCACCCCGAUUGUGCUCUCAUAAUUUGUGGAGGUGAGGACAAAAGAAAGGGAAAAUUGGAGGAAAGGCCCGGGAUUUGAUUCUGACGGGGCCCCCGACUCACCGCCGCUGGUCGGGGUUGUCAAGACGACAGAGGGUGAGGGAACAGCGGCGGAGCAGUCGACUCAAGACCGGGGUUUCCUGCCAGAGCAGCGGGAGUGUCACAAAACAACCUUUUACUCUUCGAGGGGCCUUAAGCGUUCCCAGAGCUCCUGUAAACAACUGAAGAGAGAUGGACUCGCAUGGAUGGAAAUACUGGAGAGAAACUGCAAAAGAAAAACAAGAAGAAGCUGAUUAAAUGGAAACCUUACUUUUGGACAUUGGUGUGGGAGACGUUCAAUUUGAAUAAUGAUUGAAAGAAAAAGGAAAUAAGGUAAGACAGAACAAUGUUGGAGAUAUAGAAGAGCACCAAGAUAAACACUGGUGAAGAAGAAUUAAAGUUGGGGAAACUGGAGACCAAAGACUUUUCUACAAUCCAACUACAUACGUCAACAAAUCUAAGGGAAUGACAACAAAAAAUGAGAAUUUCAAAAAGUAUUAAUCUCAACAAGAACACACAAAUGUCAGUGGAUUUUUUUCCCCCUUUUGGUUUGAGACAUUUAUUGGAUGAAAGUACAGGCAAGCAUUUCUAAGGAUGUUUCUACACAGGUACUAGUCAAAUACAUGCAAACCUACACGAGGGAAGAAUUAUUGUUUCACAUAUGCUACUCCUGCCAGAACUGAAUAAUUUCUGCAAUGGCAGUCCAGCAGUCUGAAAGGCAGUGACUCAGUUACUCUUGAAAAUUUUUUGCACAUGGGACAUCAUUGAAUCCCACUGCAAUUUUAUCUUAACUCUGUUUGCCUGUGCUCUUAUACAGUGGAAAGUGCUGUUGCCUAUUAUUUCAAGUGCUGUUGUCUCUCUUGCACUUGAUAUAUUCACAUUUAGUGCCAAACUGCAACAUCUGUAUCAUAUCCUUUUAACUUUGAAAUUGCUACUACAUUUAGUACAGAAAAACAGAUCUUUAGUUGUAAUUUGAACUCAACUCUCCAACUAUUACACCUAUAAUGGAGUUACUUUACAUUUUCGGCAGAUUUCAGAAGUUCCUUAGUUGCAUCUAAUUGAAAAUUACUGGUCAUUUUCUGCUCAAGCCUCAGUAUUUGCUUCAUCUUCGAUUGCUGCUACAAGUGUGAUGAAACAUUUGUGAUAAAGUCACUUGCUUCAACUCUGCUGGACUUUGUUGGACUCUCCACCAUCCUUUAACUGCAAUCCUACGAAGUCAACUGACACAGUAACUGCCAUUACAGAACAAAAAACAUUCCCUCAAACAAUUUGUAAAAAUUCAUCAAAACAUGCAGAAUUUCCCCAACAGUCCAGCACCUCCAGCUCUUCCUCCUGGAUUUACUAGUAGGGGUGGAGGUGGCCCCUCUUACCCACCACCAUCAACAGAUCCCCAGAUAUCCCCAAGGAUGACAGACGACUACACUGGGAUGCAACAGCAAACCCCUCCAAACCCUCAAAGUCACAGUCGACACCUACUCCAUCGAGGGCACCACCACCCUAGUCAGGCUGGCCAUAUGCUUGCUUAUGAUGCAAGACACAGAGCUGGGGAAUCAUCACACGGUAAUAUUCACAGUGGCAGUAGUAGCAACCCUUACCACAAGGAAACAAUGGAUUAUUAUUUUGCAAUGGGUGGAAAGGACAGACCUAGAAGAGGAGGUAUGGCAUAUGGGGCAGGUUUUGGGUACUCCAGUAUGGAUGGACAUAUACCUCAGCAGUACAGACAAGCUGGAACCAGCUCCUCCGGGAUGAUGUCUCCCUAUCCUUUGGACUAUGGUCCGACGGCCGGCUCAGGUGGUAGUAGCAGUGGCAGCAGUGGUGCUGGAGCAUUUUCCCCCUCCCAUCAGUACAAAAUGGGUCAGAACCCUGCAAUGCAGCCAGCAUCAGGGCCUCAGAUGCAGCACCGCCAACAUGGACAGAAUUACCCCGCCCAUCAAGCUCUGCAACAUGGACAGCAGCAUAGGACUUAUCCCAUCUCUGGACACAGAAUGCCUCCACAGUUCUCACACUACUCCCCACAGGGUAGUGCAUCCACAGGGUCAUCAGGAAUGUAUAGCUCCCCACCACAGAGAUAUCAUGAUGGGGCCAGCAGUGGUGGUGGAUUUGAACCUAAAGUCAACAACUCUCCUAAUAUGAACUCUAAUUCAAACUCAAUUUCAAGUUCAGCUACAACAAACAAUGUUGGAUCACUGGAGAAUGUUACACAGAGUUACCACUCUUCAAGUUACCCCUCAUACUCCCCACAAACUCAUCCACUCCACAAACAAGCCACCCUCCAGGACCGCAAUUCUCAGCACAAUUUAGGAGUAGGUUGCGACAACUCUCUCAAAUUGCAGCAUCAUGCCCCUCCACCAGGUUCUGUAUACUCUAAACAUCACCAAUCCACCAAUCCCGGAAUGCCUCAACAACCGUGUCAAGAAAUCUCCAAAUCGCCAAUGCACUCUCAACCCCAACAGGGUCAGGUUAACCAAAACUUCAGCCCUAUAUCUAACCCCUCUCCAGCUGCCUCUGCAGUGCAGUCUCCCAGUUGUAGCUCCUCACCUUCCCCGUUGAUGGGUGUCUCAGAAGGUCAUGGGAACCCUUUAUGUCCCCCACAUGUUCCAUCACAUCCUCCUCCCCCAACUCCUCGUAGUUGCCGUGGUCGGUUAUUGCAGACUUUGCCUCAGUUGAGUCCCACACCCAACUCCAACAGCAGCAUCAGUAGUUGUGGCAGCAGUGGCAGUAACAAAGCUACUGGUCUGAAUACAAGCGCUGGAGGUGGUCACUUAGUCUCAAACCGAAGCAGAAUGGCUGCAGGUACAGGAAAAGGAUCACAUGAAGAAGGGUCAUCCUCGUCUGUCUAUUCAUCUUCUCCUCUUGACAAACUCAUGCAAGAUCCUGGCUUGAACAGUCUAAAUGCGUUGACAUCACAGGUAGCGAAUUUACCCAAUACAGUGCAACAUAUGCUUCUCACUGACACAUUAAUGUCACAUAGAAGGGGGAAAGAUGGACAAAGUCAAAUGCUGCAGGCAUUACAAGCCAUUCCUUCUACUCAACCAAGGAGUCGAAGUGUCAGUGCUGCCUCAAGCAGUGGGAUAGGUGGUGGUGAAGGUGCUAGCUCGGAGGCUGGAGGUGAUGAAGAUUCCUUUCUGGUGUCCGAAAGAGUUUCAUCAAGGGUCAAAGAGGAACGAGAUGAGCAGAUUUCUGAGGGGGGGAAAUCUAGAAUGCGGCAGAUGAGUGGCACAAGCAGUGGAUCAGAACCAACUGGCUACUAUCCUCCUCCAUCUCAGAGUCAAAUGUCCAUGGGUUCAAGUAAAAAAAAAUCUCAUACUGGAAAGAGUGAUCAGGUUUCACAAGGGAAGAGGAUGUUCACGGAAUCGUCUACAAAACAAUCUCUGAAUCCAUCAGAUGUUUCUGAAAGAAAGACAACUGAAACCCGGACACCUUCAUUGUCAUCUCCCUCCUCUGCUCCUCAAUCUGCUGAGCCUGGUCCAAGCGUACAUUCUCGCCCUCCUGUUUCCUCUACUCCCUCAUGCCCCAUUCCAUCUCCUGCUCCUCAGUUCCACGCAAACUGUGUUUCUGAGCCUGGUGCCACUGAUGUGAAUACUAAAAAUGGGCUUAGGAAAACAAGGGAAAUUAAAUAUGAAGGAAUUAAAGAUGAAAGUGGAGGGAUGAUUGAAAAAGGCACCCAUGGUGCAGACCCGAGAGAGCAGACCCGAGAGGGACACAUGCGACAAGAUGGGCAGGACAAAGAAAAUAAAUUGGAUCGAUCUUCCUUCCGUAACAAAAAGGGGGAUGAGAAGGACGGAAAACGAUGUAAGACACGAGAUUUGGACAACUCCAAUCAAGAUGAAAAUAUUGAGGAACAGACUAAUGCUGGUGGAGUGGGUGUUAUUGUGUCAACUCGCUGUGAGGUAAAUAAUCCAGAAAAAGCUACAUAUGUACAAGACAACUGCAUAGAGGAGAAGCAUUCAGACAGCUUCUUUAGAGAGUCUAGUCGUCAUAAUGGGGAGGAAGGAAUGGAUUUGAGUGUAUAUUCCUCUCAUCAUGAAGUUCCCCAGAAAUCUAACUUUGGGCGGUCUGUCCCUCAAAAUCAUCCCCCCUCAGGUCCUCAAAAAUAUGGUUAUCAAGAGUCACCACAUGGUGCUGCCAUGGGUUUGAAGAACCGAGGGAGACCUAGUCCAGGGAGUGUAACAGGAUCAAAUUCAAGGUAUCAAGGCUUCCAUCAGCCAAAGCCCAGUUAUGCCCCUGAACACACCAAGGAUGUUGCGGGUACUACAGUUGAGGGAUCAGUGAGGAGAAGAGAAGGAUCAGGAGUAAGAGGACAUGAUGAUAAUUCUCAACUGCAGCAUCAAUUUCCAAGCCUCUUGCAGGAGGUUCUACAGGGUUAUCACUUAGACCGGCGCUAUGGGCGAUCUGAACAGGCACUAACUGCCCAUCUCCAGGCUCAAACUAUGACUCGGCAACAGUACCAAACCAGGCAUCCUUAUGGCAUGGCUGAAAGUAUGAGAACCCAAACUGGAGUUGGAGAGGUCACUUCCCACCCCUCCCGAAUGACCAGCCCUGGAAAGCCUCUUCAACUAAAUCAGCGCCAGGGGCCUGGAUCUGAUUUUGUACCAGAAUCACCUCAAUCCUUCUUGAGGUCUGAAGGAGUAGAUACUAAGGGAUCUCACAGUGCUUCUUCAGAGAAAAAUAAAAUGGCAACACCGCAGCGUCACCUGACCCAUAUGCCACAGUCUACAGAGUUUUUGUCUGGACCUCCACCAAAACACAUAAAUUUAGCCGACUACUCGUUACCUCACAGGAAACCCCCUUCAGGUCUGCCCAGCUCAUCUUCAGCUGUACAGGAACUCCUAUUGCAGGAAACGGAGCCGCUAGCGGGCAGUGUCGGAACCAUAGGUCAAAUUGAGUCUCAAAUGUUGACGUCUUCCCUUUUACCUCCAUCUAAAGAGCGCCGCUCUGUCAUAUGUGAUGUUUGUCCCAAUCGCCGCAGUACACCAGAAAGGGAUGGGGAACGUGAAAGAGAGCGGGAAAAAAGUCCAAUUGGUGCCUCUGUGAUCCAACUGCCAUCAACAAAUGAUCUAGGGAACAGUAAGGAGAUGGGAGAUAAAAAAGAAGUUGGAGUGAAGGUAGCAUCAAAGGAGACUGCAGAGGCUGUCCAUCAUAGUGGUCUUACAACCAAGGAAACUGAUGUUGAGCAUCAUAACAAGGCUUUACACCCAUCUGUGGUUAUGAAUGCAGAGCCUCUUAGAAGAGGUAAGAUUGUUUUGACCACCACCAUGCCCUCUCAACAUCUGCAGCAAACCUCUCACUAUCCCUCUACCACCAACCCUCUGUCUCCACCAGCAAGACAUCAGUCAUACCCACAUGGUGUAGAUUUAUCUGCAGGGCAUGCCAGUGGCUUUCCUGGUUCCAGGUUUGGUGAUACAAGAGAGGGCAAUAUGAUGCCACGUAACCCCCAUUUCCACAAUCCCUACCACUCACCCCAAGUUCAUUUACAAAACCCACAAUCCGCAAACAAAUUACAAAUGUAUACUCCCCUCCAUGCUCAUGACUUGGAUGACAGGCUUGAUUGGGCAGCUACCAUUAAUAGACCCACCAAGGAUCUGAUGCAGUCCAGUACUUCUCCAGGUAGACAUAAACUCAGUCAUUCAGAGCAGAGACAAAGGAUGCAGUCUCCAACUGACAUUUUGCACAAUCGCCAACCGUUUGCUAAACAGCAAGUUCCUCAUCAGAACACUUACUAUGACAUGAAAAUGUGGGAGUCAACACACUCUGGUAGAGAGAGUGUGGGGAUGUUGGAGGGGGAUCCUUACCAGAGAAGUCAACAGCCACCUCCUGCUGCUCCUCUUGGGUCUGUUGCCCCCCAAUUGGUUCCAACAGCUCCACCAGUCUCCAACAUUCUUAAAUCACCUGUCUCCCAAGUGGUUACAGAAGAAAUCUUUAAAUCACUCCAUCCAACACCUAAUUCCAUGAAAACAGUUGGUCCCAGUAUUGGUGGCAAUGUCAAUUCCGUGAUGCCACAGAGCCAUCGACCAAAUAAAACUGGGGGUUCUGGGGACACUAAUCCAUUAAUGUUGAGGAGGAGAGUUCGAUCUUUCAUUUCCCCUAUCCCUGCCAAGAGGCAGCAUCAGGAUGUAUCACAGCAAAGGAGUGCCCCUAGUUCAUAUCACUCACCUUUGACCUACUCUGAAUCCAGCCUCCAAAAUGACGAUGACUCAUCCAGUUCAGAUAUAACUACACUUGGUUCGCCUAACACUCCUUGUCCCACACCUGGACAAAGCACUUAUUCACAAUCCUCCUCACCUGUUCAGGGUAAGAAGAGUCUGCCUCCAAGAAAAGGGAGAGGUUUGAAACUGGAGGCUAUUGUUCAGAAAAUUACACCAAAUGUGAAGAAAUCUACUAACAGUGGCCAUACCGACGUUGACUCAAAUGAUUUUGCUGGAUUUUCUCACACUGAAAUGUCACAGUUUACUGACACACAGGACGAAGAGGAAUGUUUACCUUAUCUCGAUGAAAGUCUCUCAUUAAGUGACAUUAUGCCCUACAGAGGGGUUGAUGAGACUGGACCGUUACCUCCCACCGCAUACCCCUGUGAUCCUCACCAGACAUCACAAGUUCUUAAAUGCGGCACCACAGGAACUGUUACAAGACCUUUGCAGCCAGACUUUGACUUUGGGUUAGGGACUGCAGCAUCUAGUACUGGUGAUAGAGAUAAAGAGAUACCUGCUGACUUCACCUUGUUAGGGCCCUUACCCCCACCUCCACCACUACCUUGUCCAGUACAGGGCUCCCCCCCACCGUCUUCAUCUGCCUUGUCUGAUAUUCAACAUUUCACUAAUACUUACCAGCAACUUGAGACUCGACGAGGUGAACAAUCUGCUGCUAACCUUCUGAGACAAAAACUUGAAGAAACUGGGAUUGGAUUUGAUGAUUACAGUAGCAGUGACUAUUAUGGAACCACCCCACCACACCACAGUCAGGUUCAAGGGCACUUACUAAGACAGCCACACCAAACUUCUCCAAGGUCAUCUUUGGCAAUGACAGGGUCACCACAAGAUUCCAAACAAUCAGACAAUUCUGUACCCAAAGGCUAUUUCCCAUCAGGCAAGAAGAAGGGAAGGCCUGUUGGAAGUGUGAAUAAGCAAAAACGUGCUCAAGCCACCCAGGCCCAGGCACAGAAUGUGAGCCCAAGUGCUCUGUCUGGCCCACCCAUUCAAUCUCCUGCAACUGUUAGCCCACAGGUAGCCCCAAGCCCUAGCACUACAGCCUCUGCCCCAUCGGUCACUCCUCCAACUGAACAGAAAAUGACUCUUCCUGAGAUUCCACCAGUCUUGACCCAAGCAGUAAAAGUGGAUGCUGAAAGUGAGGACACUCAGCCAGAGCCGGAGGUGAUAUCAGUCUGCCAGAAACAAGGGGGGGUGAAAGAUGAAAGUGAGGUAGUGGGAUCAAGAGGCAGGCAGAGGAGGAGGAGAAGAGGAGUAGCAGCGGCGGCGGCCAAAGAUGACCUGGAAGCGGCUACAAGAGCAGGGGGACAUUUUGAUAACAGCAGAGUUUUUCCUGAUAAUAGCAAGUGUGCCUUUGCGCCAUACAUACAUGUGGAGAGGAAAGUAGCUGAGAUAGGAGCCGUGUGCACAAUUGUGAAUGGUGAAGAGGAGAAGAUGAAGGGAGAGCGUGGAGUGGUUGGAGGGAAAGCAAGCAGUAGUGGUAUUGAAGCUCUUUUGACCUCAGCUCUUUUGUCUCAACUGCCUAGGAGAGAUGGAGAAAUUGAGAGGGUCAAAGAGAAGAGGGAACUGGAGGAUGUGGACUCUGCCCUCCAGGCAGGAAAGGUUCUACCUUCAUCUGAGUACCUUCUACCAGGCCCUGUGAUUACUGAAUCCAUUCAUUCUGGCCGUCUUCUCUGCUGCCUGUGCCAGAAAUGGGCCAAUUACAAAAACCUUGGGGAUCUCUAUGGACCUUACUACCCUCCUGAAUAUGCUACGAGGCUUCCCAAGAAUCAACCCCAGAUUCGACAGAGUCUUGUAACUACUGGGAUGAGUAGAAAUGUGCAAAAUCUAGACACUAUUUCAAAUGUGUUGACCACCCAGGGCCCUGAACUGCAAGAUGUGCCAAUUAUCAAGUCCUCAUCUUAUAGUGAUUGCAUGUUCAGUCAAGAGACAAGUACAACUUCCCCUGCCUCUGCUGUUGGCACUGCCUCUCCAGCAGGUGGAGGGGAGAUGCUUUAUCUGGCCAGCAAACUUGCUAAAACCACCACCAACAAGACAACAGUUCUUAAUUGGGACAUGCCUCCAGAGUUAAAGCCAGUUACUGAGCUAAGGAAACAACCCGAACUUCAGAAUGAGCCCACUUACAGUCAGCAAAACCAACCAUGCCAGCAACCGCAGACAGAAGACACUCAACAAAGGCCACAACACAGAAAGCUGACGUUGCACCCGAGAUUUAAAAGGAGACAGAAAUCCAGUGAGAAUUCCCCAAGAAUGGUGCCAUCCAACAGCAAAGCCUCAUUGCCAUUCCAGCCUCCCCCCCCAACCUUAGACUCCCUUGGGCCUUUGGCACAGCUGGCCCAACUUCCUCAGAUGCCUAUGGACCCAGAGGAGCUGUGGGUGCAUGAGGCAUGCAUGGUCUGGACCAGUGGGGUUUACCUGGUCAAUGGAAGACUGUAUGGCCUACAGGAGGCACUAGAUGGUGCCAGAGACACAGUCUGCUCAUAUUGUGAAAUGGUUGGCUCAACCCUCGGAUGUUACAGCAAAGGCUGCACACUGAGAUAUCACUACCCGUGUGCCAUGGAUGCAGACUGCUCUCUGAAUGAAGAUAACUUUUCACUACGAUGUCCGAAGCACAAGGUAAAAAAGGAGAGUUUCCCCAGAGCAGCCAGCCAGCUAAAUCUGUGUACCUUGAGCAGUCUGAGAGAGGCUGAGAGAGACACUGAGGAGGAGGAGACGCAGGAGUAUAGGAUCGGUAUGUUUGGACGAUGAGGAUUGUCAGUGAAACAAACAGCCCUAAACAGGAUGGGACGUGCAUCUUUUGACGGGUGGACUAUGAUGACGGAGAAAAAAGAGGAUUGUAACAUUUCUGAACAGGAAUGAACUUUAAAACAUUUUAAGAAAAAGAACAACUCCUUACUUUAAAAAGAAAAACAGAUCAAAGCAACACUGAGGAAGACUAAAGAGGAAGACCAAAGUGGGACAGAACGAGACAUUGCGAGUGACAGAACAGAAAGGAACUUCCUCUUAAAAGAAACAAACAGCCUCUCUAGGCAAACUUUGCAUUUCUGGAAGUACUCUCAAAAUCUUCUUUCCAUCAUGGCUAUAGUCAUUUAAUCUAUCAUGGUUUUUUUUGUCCAAAUGUUAUGAAUCAGAGUAUUGGGAACAACCCACCCAGAGGACUAUAAGAGAGCGUUGGGGUGAAAAGUUGACAUUAUAGUUGGAAAGGAGAGGCAAUGUAUCUACUUCAUGUAGUAUUUUAUCAUAAUCUUCAUAAUCAUUAUUUUAGUUAUCAUUAUUAUUUUGUAUCUGCAUCAGUAUUUACUGAAAUAGAUUUAUCGCCAUUUAUAUUUUUGUUAACAUUUAUCAAACAUGGGAUAUUUUAUCAUUCCUGGAGAGGGAGGUGCCAGAAUGACAUCAUUUGGAAUGUCAAGGCCGAGUUGCCACAAAGACAUUAUUGCCUUGGAGAAUGGACAUUUGUUGCCUUUCAAAGUGCGAAUGUAUAAGAGUGAAUGUGUGUGAAAAUGUGGAUUUGAGUGUCCAUUUUUGGUCCUUUGAAAAGUGUUCUUAUUUUUCAUCCUUGGGGUUUUUACGGUACAGAUAGUAGUCAUGAAAAUCGAAUGGACAUGAUCUUAUUUUUCAAACAAAAUAUUCAUAAUGUGCUGAGAGAACAAUUGAACCCUGACAGGAGGAGAUCACAAUAUUGACUAAUGCAUGCCUGCCAUCUUUGACCAUGUUGAUUGGGAGAAGACGUCACUUGACAGGUAAACCAAGUGUUGACAUUGUGGUGGACCUUGUUCAGUAUAUGGGUGGGAUUUUAUGUGAAAAGAAAGUCACAUUUGGCUGACAAAAUUCUAACGAGCAUUACCAAAGCCUUUUGGAAUCUAGAGGGUUUUUGGAAUGACUGGGACUGGGAGUCCCCACCUUUACUGUGGGACGAGGAGUCAGUACAUCCUGAGUACUUUAAUAGGUUCAUUUCUCAAUGACACUUAAGAUAUGGAUCAAGAGAUGCUAAAUGCAUUCAAAAGAAGCGUUGCCAUAAACGUAACAAGUGAGUCGUACUUGGUGUUGUCUAUCAUUUUUUAUUAUUGUACUUGUAAAAAAAACAAAUGUUGAAUUGAAAGAAAACAAGUAUGAUAUUGAAAACAUGCUGUAUUAGAAACCUGUCAAUAUGUAUAUGAACUACUUACUAAAUGCUUCAAAGAAUGCUAUCCUUUUGAAUAUUUCACAUUGUACUGUUGUCUUUUGAAGCCAUUCAUUUUUAAAAUUCAAACGUAAUUAGUUUUUAUUGGAGAGGAAGAUCCUUUCUCAGUUCUCUUCGCCAAAUAGUCUCUCCUUUCAUUCUGUCACUCCUUUUCUUCUCAGUCCCUUUCUCUCUCACACGCACACACUCUUCUCACUCCUGCUGUGUUUUAAAUUGUGUUCCGCUGACAGUGAGCCUCAGGUUCACUUUAUAUUCCAAGUGAGGAUUAAAUCUGGCCCCACAUAUCAGA